AUGCACUGCAACGCCACCGUCGACCAGAACCAAUCUUUGCUGCAACAUGUGCCGAAACUGUUUGUCUGCCCUAAGUUUAGCCGCGAUGGGUUUAAGUUUGUUGCCGGGGAUCUCCCGCAUAGUGCGUCCUUGCCCUGGGGAGCGCGUUCCACGCCCAGAGCUGCGGCAACCAGCAACGGCCGUUGGUGCUCCGACCCCUCUGCCGAGGCAGCGUGGUGCAACCACGGGCCCCAACGCCCUUGCCACGCACCAACAGCUGGCAAUUUAUUCGUGCCACUGUUACAUGUAGCUGUUGCUCGUCUCCACCCCCGUCGCGCUGGCAGCGUGGCCUCCCCCACGCUCACUAUGCAUUGCUGUGAGGCCGUGCCUUCGGCACCCUGUGCCAAGCAUCACCCGUUGCACCUGCCGCGUUGGUACAUGCACGGCAUACCGUUAACAGCUCACUGCCCAAGAAGGACGGGCAUUGCCUGUGCCAGAAGCCCAACUGUUGCCAACACUUGCCGCCGAGGCAACGCCCUCCCCGACAAAACUUUGGUGCAUCUGCUUGGGCUUGGCGAAUGUCACGUUGGCGACGGGUACAUCCCAGCAACAGAUCCGGAGGCAUGUUUCAUGGGGGAAGCAGCGUCAGCACUCCUGCAAGAUGUCGCGGCGUUGCAUCAUGAGGGUGCCGGCCCACCUGCCCGUCCCCCAGCUCCAGCGCCCGGUGGCCCACAUGCUAACUAA